UUUACGGAAGCCUUUUCCUUUAUUUUCUAGAACCUGCCUACUAACUUAAUAACAUUAUGUAACUGGCUUGCACCCUUUCAGAAGAUAGGAGUCAGAGAACUUCUAAGAUGGAGGAAGCCCUUUUAAGAGUUACUGGGCUCCCCUCGGUGGUCCUGGGAAUCGCAGCGUCAAUAUGCUUGCCAGAACCUCCCCAACGACCUCAGGUACCGGCGGAAUUUGCACACGUUCAACCUGGAAGAACUGGUCAUACCAAGAACAACUUCAUAAAAUAACUUAGAGAGGCAUCCUAGCGGGCGAAUAGUGCAGAAGUCAUGGCAAGGAAAAGGAAUGAUAAUAGAUUCCGGGGCUCAGCGACUCGCGCUAAUAAUAGACGAGGCCCGCGAAGUGUAAACUUCGAUGAUGAUUACCCCAUGGGCGGUGUUGGCUCUCCGGUCGCGAAGGGUCAUCAUUCAUCGAAUAGAAGAAGCGACCAGAACUAUAAUCCGUCGCGCGGUCGAAGCCGAUCUCCAUACCGCGGCAAUAACAGGAAAAACAACCGUGCCCAAUCCUUCUCGCAGGACCAGCACUCACGAAACAACCAUAAUCCUCACCACGGCGCCCAAGUGCACAGAACCAAGUCCCAUAACAACCCCAACGCCAGCUCAAACAACAAACACAACCGCCGCAGACACCCCAGGGCCGCAAGCAUAGACAACGCCGACGCCGACGAGAACACCAGCAUCGACGACCCGUUCAACUCUUCGUUCUUCUCCCCGCGGCAAGCCCACAACGGCGUCUACAAAAGCAGAAGCAGCAACAACAUCCGGUCCUGCACAGAAUGCAGUUCCGUCCGCCGCGCGAACCUGCGCUUCCGGAACUGGGCCGUGCGCGCCUUGAGCCAGUGCAGCGAGCGCUUCGCCGCGUGGGCCAACGAAGUGGGAGUCGGGUUUGGGACGGGGGAUGAGAUGGACUGGCAGCCGGAGCCAGUGGUGCGGGUGUUGCUAGUCGGUGGAGAUAUGUCGCCUACUUCCACCAGUUCUACUGCUUCUCUGCCUCCCAUUAGCCUGCUUACGGGCACAGAGGGUCAGCAGCGGCAAGAGGAGCAGAUAGGUCCGGUGCCAACGCCUGGGCCGUGGGCUUGGCCCCCUUGGUCUGCGCCAACAGGAUGUCCACCGCCCGAGGCCGUUCCGGCGCAACUACAAGACGGCGGGCUUGCGACGUCCCAGGGAAAUAUACCGUGCGAUGGGAUAUGCGGGGGCGACGGUAAUGGAACUUUGCCGAUCUCAGGCUUCGGAUCGCUAGGUGCUAGCUGCGGCGAAGUGCCGGGGCCUCCAUCGAAUCUCGACUCUAACAUGGGCCUCAAUCAGUGGAGCAUAAGGGAUCAGGGUAAAUCUGGAGAAGUCGAAGAUGACUGAAUAUGUGCGCGCAAAGCUAUCUAACCUAGACAACUCCCUAGAUGAUAGUCAAGGAUCUAUCGAAAUAGAUAGUAGUAGAGCUAGAGGUAUGAAUGUUUAUGCUAGUCAUUUAAGCAAAUAUCAUUCACUAGUACCCAACUCUACUAGAUGUUGAACAUCGUAGAACUAAGCUCACGCGAAUAGAUAGGGGGCGCUGUGGCAUGCAGGGGGAACACAGAGGGAGUAAAUAAAGGUUUUUUUGUCUCGUAUACUAUGCUGACGGUUGAUAGGAGAGUAGAGCUACUGGUCUCGAUAUGACUGGUCUCGAUAUGCUAGCUAGAAUCACAGUAAUCUGGGUUGAGGUACUAGAUCUUGACAAUACGGCGAUGUAAUCAACAUGCCACAAUAGCAAUGAUAUACCUUAUAACAAGAGAUUGAAUAGACAAAUGCGUGGAUCGAACUGCUUGCGUGGUAUUGACCAGAUAGACUUUUCCCUAUGGAAACUGAUGCACAGAUGAAAUAUCAAUAAACCGACCCUCCGAACGCCUAGUCGCCGUUGCCUGAUGGGAAUAACUCCAUCCCACGAACCACGUGGAUUAUGAUCGUUACAUCAAGACCGCAAUAUAACACAAAAUAGGUUGCUUUCCUCUUAGCCUAUAAGGUGCCUACUUCGCCUCUUGGUAUUGUCCAAUCACGAUACAGUGAUCUCGUUCAUAGGGUU